AUCAAAACAACGUGAAUGAUAAACCCGAUCCUCUUCCGGAUUAAAGAGUCCAAUACCUAAACCCCAGCAACCCCAUAGAAGUAUAGAGAAUCAUUCCAGUCCAUUUUCGCAGGAAACAAACAGCGGAAAACAAGAAAGAAGCGAUCAAAGAGGGACCGAGAAAAGGCCUCAACUUCUUCUCAAUUCUGAAAUCUAAACCCUAAUUGGCCAAGAAAUGGUUGAUGUAGCCGAUAAAUUGGCGUAUUUCCAAGCGAUCACGGGACUCCAAGAUGUCGAUCUGUGCAGGGAAAUCCUCGACGCCCAUGGCUGGGACCUGGAACUCGCCAUCUCCUCUUUGACAUCCGGCAAUCAAACUUCCUCCUCCACCGUCACCGCUGUGCGGUCGGAAUCAGAGUCUCGCGCACCCCUAAUUAACCGGACUGAAUCCGCCUCCGGCUCUGGUCCGCCUCCGCCUCCGCCUCCGCCUCCUGCUCCUGGUCUGGCUUGGAGACUCGUUACGUUGCCAUUUUCAGUGAUCUCCGGCAGUCUGGGGCUGAUCUCGGGCGCUGUUGGGCUUGGUUUAUGGGCGGCGGGGGGAGUUCUUUCGUAUUCGCUCGGUAUGGUUGGGCUGGGCUCUGGGCGGGGAGGUGAAUCGUCGGCGCGGUUGGUUUCGGCCUCAGGUGUGGCAUCGGAAGCGGCUGACUUCGUGGAGGCGUUCGAGAGGGAAUAUGGCAAUAGUAGGCCGAAUUUUGUUGCUGAGGGUUUUAUGGAUGCGCUUCAGCGGUCUAGGAACUCGUUCAAGCUGUUGUUUGUGUACUUGCACUCGCCAGAUCACCCGGACACGCCUGGCUUCUGCGAGCAGACGCUUUGUUCAGAGCCAGUGUCGGCCUUUGUGAAUGAGAACUUUGUGGCCUGGGGAGGCAGCAUAAGGGCUAGCGAAGGUUUUAAGAUGAGUAAUAGCUUGAAGGCGUCACGGUUUCCUUUUUGUGCCCUGGUCAUGCCUGCAACAAACGAGAGGAUUGCGUUGCUUCAGCAGGUUGAGGGACCAAAAUCUCCUGAAGAGAUGCUAGUGAUAUUGCAGAGGGUCCUUGAAGAAAGUGGUCCGGUUCUGGUGGCAGCAAGACUUGAUGCAGAAGAAAGAAGAAACAACAUGAGAUUAAGGGAGGAGCAAGAUGCUGCUUACAGAGCAGCACUUGAAGCUGACCAAGCUAGGGAACGUCAGAUGAGAGAGGAGCAAGAACGUCAAGAAAGGGAAGCUGCUGAAGCUGAGAGGAAACGUAAGGAGGAAGAAGAGGCUAAUGAAAGAGCAGCCCGUGAAGCUGCUGAAAAAGAGGCUGCUCGAGCUAGGCUGCGGCAGGAGAAGGCCAUGUCACUUGGUGCUGAACCUGAGAAAGGACCUGAUGCUACAGAAUCACUACUCGACAGAGAUAAUGCCUAUAUACCAGAUACCUACGAAUAUCCAUUUCCAAUAUUGGCUGGAGACACGCCCAAAUGGAUACAUUCAAGUCAUUCAAAGAGCAGAUGAAAAUAACACGGGAUAUGUAAUUUUCUGUUGCGUUAUUGACUUUGCCCUGCUUUCCAUUUCCAACCCAAUUUCAAGUUUCGACAAAAACAUUUGGGACAUAAUCUUCAGAGCUGUGAUGAUUCUAUAUUAAGCAGCUCCAUGAAAAUUUAAGAGCAGCAAAUGUCAUUCUAUUUCUUUGAACAGAAAGGGGAAGGUGCAGAAUAUAGGAACAGAAAAGUU